CUGUAAGAACAAAACAACCAUGUACUUCUACAAAAUCAGUUAAAAAACAUGGUAGAAUUAAGAGUCCUAAAACUGUAGUAACUCCUAUAAAAGCUUCUCCAGGCUCAGUAGUUGAUAUUUUGGUUACAUUUAAUCUUAAAAAAAAUAAAUAUAAACGUAUAUUAAACAAAAAUAGUAAAAUAUGUAAGAGAUAUCCAAAUGGAAUUUUUGUAGAACAUAUUAGUAGAAAUAGUCAAAUUCGAUAUUCACCUGUUCAUAAAUUG